AUGAGCUUGAUGCAGCAAUUGGUUGGGGUUGUGGAUAGGCAACAGAGGUUCCAGGAGAAUCAUGCUGGGUAUAGAAGUGGUUUGACAGAUUUUGUCAAGCUCGCUCCACCCUUUGAAGGUAGCUCGAUUGAUCCAUUAGAUGCUGAGAAGUGGAUCAAGGAGAUUGAGAGGGCCUUUGCGGCUCAGGCAGUAUCUGAUGAGCAGAAGAUUCCUUUUGCAUCGUAUCAGUUGAAGGGAGCUGCCAGUGAUUGGUGGCAAUCUGUUGAAAACCUUUUGGAGAAACCAAUUUUGUGGGAUGUGUUCAAAAGGGAGUACUACAAGAAGUAUUUCCCUAAUAGUGUGAGACUUCAGAUGCAAGGGGAAUUUUAUUCACUCAAGCAGGGUAGUAGAACUGUUUCUGGGUAUGAGAUGGAGUUUAGUCGACUGAUGAGGUUUGCUCCUGACUCCUUUAAGAAUGAUGAUGUGGCGAAGGCUCAAAGGUUCCUGUUUGGGCUAAAUCCCAGACUUCAGCAUGAGGUGAAAUCUUUCGAGUUGACUACAUACUCUGAUGUGGUUAAUAAGGCAAAGUUGUUGGAGGAAGGUCAUGAGCUGAUUGCAACCUCGGAAAAUAAGAAAAGGCCUUGGACUGGAAAUUCUAACUUCCGUGGACAUAAUGCUGGAGGUGGGGGUAAGAAGCAGCAAACUGUGCAAACAAAUAACAGGGUUCAGCAGAGUAGUGGAGGCAAUUGUUGGAGGUGUCAUGGGAAUCAUGACCCUAAGGAUUGUCGUUGGUUAUCUGGAGCUUGUCUGAUUUGUGGCGAGAUGGGACAUAGGGCUGCUUCUUGUUCUCGUGCAAGACCAACUAUUGAGUUUUGCUAUAAUUGUGGACAGAAAGGGCAUAAGUCAUUUGAGUGUCCUCAACCUAAGAAGUGCGCUAGUGUGGGCCAGACUUCUACUCCAGCAGCUGCUAAGAAUGGGAACCAGAAGCCUAAGGCAUCUAAUACCGUGGUGACUGGUAUGGUUCUUGUUUCCUCAGUUUAUGCUCUUACAUUGUUUGAUACUGGUGCUUCGCAUUCGUUUGUAUCCCCUGCUUUUGUUGAGAAACUUGGUGUGAUAGUAGAACCCUUGGACUUUGAAUUUGUUAUUGAUACUCCUACUGGAGUUGAUGUACUUGUCAAUCAAGUACGCAAGUCUUGCAUUGUUGUUAUUGAGGGUGUGAGUUUACCUGCUGAUUUGGUAGUUUUAGAUAUGCAUGGAUUUGAUGUGAUUCUUGGAAUGGAUUGGUUAGACAAAUAUUAUGCUAUUUUGGAUUGCCAUAGGAAAAGGAUAGACUUUCGCAUCCCUGAUUUUGAAGAAUUUAGUUUUGUUGGUAGCCCUGCUAAAUCUCCUCCUAGAAUUGUUUCUAUGCUACAAGCUAAACGUUUGUUGAAAAGUGGAUGUUUAGGUUUUCUUGUUUCUGUCCAAAACAACCUGGAUGGUGAAUUGCCUAGUUUGAAUAGUAUUCCUAUUGUACAAGACUUUUCUGAUGUCUUUCCGGAGGACUUGCCUGGUCUUCCACCAGAUAGAGAAGGUGCUCCUGUUUUGUUUGUGAAAAAGAAGGAUGGUAGCAUGAGACUUUGCAUUGACUAUCGAGAGUUGAAUAAGGUAACGGUGCGUAAUCGGUAUCCUUUACCGCGUAUUGAUGACCUUUUUGAUCAAUUAAAGGGAGCCCAAGUUUUCUCUAAGAUUGAUCUUAGGUCUGGCUAUCACCAAUUGAAGAUUAAGGUGGAGGAUGUCCCUAAGCCAGCUUUUCGAACCAGAUAUGGGCAUUACGAGUUUCUUGUUAUGCCAUUUGGUUUAACUAAUGCACCGGCUGCUUUCAUGGAUUUGAUGAAUAGGGUGGUUAAGGAUUAUCUGGAUAAGUUUGUAGUGGUCUUUAUAGAUGAUAUCUUGGUGUACUCUAAGAGUAUGGAGGAGCAUGGAGAGCAUUUGAGGUUAGUAUUGCAAAUUCUCAGAGAAAAGAAGUUGUAUGCUAAGUUUAAGAAGUGUGAGUUCUGGUUGGAUAGUGUGGCAUUUCUUGGACAUGUAGUGUCUAAAGAUGGAAUCUCAGUAGAUCCUGAAAAAGGGAAGGCAAUUGUAGAAUGGAGUCGACCUACUAAUGCUACUGAAGUUAUAAGCUUCCUUGGGUUGGCUGGUUACUAUCGGAGGUUUGUGGAGGGAUUUUCUAGUAUUGCAAUGCCGAUAACUGAAUUGACCAGAAAAGGUGCUAAGUUUGAGUGGACUAAGGAAUGUGAGAAAAGUUUCAAGGAGUUGAAGGAACGUCUCACUUCAGCUAGUGUUUUAACCGUUCCUGGUGGGAGUGGAGGAUUCACUAUCUAUAGUGAUGCUUCGAAGAAAGGUUUGGGUUGUGUCUUGAUGCAAAAUGAGAAAGUUGUGGCUUAUGCUUCAAGGCAGCUUAAACCUUAUGAGCGGAAUUAUCCUACACAUGACCUGGAGCUCGCAGCAGUGGUGUUUGCUCUCAAAAUCUGGAGGCAUUACUUGUAUGGUGAGAAGUGUGAGAUUUUCACUGAUCAUAAAAGUUUGAAGUAUAUCUUCACUCAGAAGGAGAUUAACAUGAGGCAACGAAGAUGGUUAGAAUUGUUGAAAGACUAUGAUUUAACCAUAAGUUAUCAUCCGGGAAAGGCAAAUGUUGUGGCUGAUGCAUUGAGUAGGAAGAAUCAUGGUAAUCUUGCAGCUCUUCUUACUUCUCAAAGGUCCAUUUUAGAUGAUUUGAGAAGGAUGGAGAUUGGAGUUAGGAAACAUGGCACUGAAGGGAUGUUGGCUAGUUUGAGAAUUCAACCUACGUUGAUUGAGAGGAUUAAGGAGGCACAAUUGGUUGAUUCAGCACUUCAGAAGGUACGAGCUAAUAUUGAAACAGGUGUUCCGUCUGAUUUUAGAAUCCAUGAUGAUGGUUCCUUGAGAUUUGAUGAUAGGUUAUGUGUUCCUAAUGAUGUAGAAAUAAAGAAAGUGAUUUUGGAUGAAGCACAUUAUUCUGGAUAUACCGUGCAUCCUGGUGGGACUAAAAUGUAUAGGGAUUUGAAGGAGACUUACUGGUGGAACAAUAUGAAGAGGGAGAUUGGUGAAUUUGUAGCACAAUGUAUUGUAUGCCAACAGGUGAAAGUGGAGCAUCAAAGGCCAGCUGGACAGCUACAACCGCUUCCAAUACCAGAAUGGAAGUGGGAGCACAUCACAAUGGACUUUGUUUCUGGGUUACCUAGAUCACCUCGAGGCCAUGAGUCAGUAUGGGUAAUUGUUGAUAGAUUAACGAAGUCUGCUCACUUCAUAGCUUUGAAGGUUGGUUAUUCAUUGGAGAAGUUAGCUGCUUUGUAUGUUCAAGAGAUUGUUAGGUUGCAUGGAGUGCCGGUGUCAAUUGUUUCUGAUCGUGAUUCGAGAUUUGUGGCUGAGUUUUGGGGAAGUCUUCAUAAGGCCUUAGGAACGAAGUUGAACUUUAGCACUGCUUUUCAUCCCCAAACUGAUGGGCAAUCAGAGAGAACCAUCCAAAUUACUCGAAGACAUGCGAGUAUCCAGAUGGCUCCAUAUGAAGCUUUGUAUGGGAGGAAGUGUAGAUCGCCAGUGUGUUGGGAUGAGGUAGGUGAAAGAAAGCUUUUGGGCCCCGAAAUUGUCCAACAAACGGUUGACAAGAUUCAAUUGAUCAGAGAACGUCUCCGAACUGCUCAGAGUCGACAAAAGAGUUAUGCAGAUAUUAGACGAAGGACAUUGGAGUUUGAUGUGGGAGAUCAUGUAUUCUUGAAAGUUUCACCAACAAAGGAAGUGAUAAGAUUUGGAGUACGUGGAAAGUUAAGCCCUAGGUUUAUUGGCCCUUUUGAGAUUUUGGAGAAAGUUGGAGAAGUAGCCUACCGGCUAGCUUUGCCUCCAUCAUUGUCCGGUGUGCAUAAUGUGUUCCAUGUGUCGAUGUUGAGAAAGUUUACUCCUGAUCCUAAUCAUGUGAUUGAAUUGGCACCUUUACCACUUAGGGCAGACUUGACUUACGAUGAACAACCAAUUAAGAUAGUUGAUCGUAAGGAGCAAGUUUUGAGAAGGCGGACCAUUCCAUACGUGAAAGUGCAAUGGCAUAACCACUCGGAGAGAGAAGCUACCUGGGAAUUGGAAUCGGAGAUUAAAGAGAAGUAUCCUGAACUAUUUGAAACCAAUGAUACGUAA